UGAAAAUAUCUGUUAAGAAUAAUGGUAGAAAUUAAAAGAUGGUCCACUCACUUUUCUUGGAGUUUUUUUCAACACCGAAACCAUUUUGCAUUACAAGACAGUUCCUAUUCACAAUUCAUUUGUUUCCCUUUCUUCGAUUGUUGCAUUUCUGAAAAUGGCCGAGGCCUUGCUUGGAGUUGUGCUGGAGAAAUUGAUCCCUUUUGUCCAGACUGAAUUUGCAGCCUUAUUUGGAAUCAAGGAAAAGGCUGAAGAGAUGUCACGCACUUUAGAACUCAUCAAAGCUGUUCUUGAUGAUGCCGAGGAGAAACAAUGGUCAAAUCGUCCUCUCAAGGUGUGGCUGCAGCAGCUUAAAGAUGCAAUGUAUGUGCUGGAUGAUAUCCUUGAUCAGUUGCCUACUGAAUCCUCUCAACUUGGGUGCUUAUCAUCUUUGAAUCCAAAGAACAUGAUCCAUCAGUGUCAUCUUCGGCACAAGUUGAAUGAGAUAAUAGGGAGGCUGAAUGGAAUUGCUCAAGCUAGGAGCAACUUUGAUCUGAGACAAGGUCUGAGGGGAAGGCCAGUAGAUGAAUGGCGCCAAACAAGCUCAACUAUCGCCCUUCCUCAAGUGUACGGGAGAGAUGAAGAUAAAAAGCAAGUUGUGGAGUUUCUUCUUAGCCCAUCGCGAAGCUCGGAGUUCCUUUCCGUCUAUCCCAUUGUUGGCUUAGGUGGUCUUGGGAAAACAACACUUGUUCAGCUGGUUUACAACGAUCCUGAAGUAGGUAACAACUUUGAUUUGAAGAUUUGGGUGUGUGUUUCUGAGAAUUUCACUAUCAAGAGUAUUUUGCGUUCCAUUUUAGAAGUUACCAAAAAGGAUAAGUCUGAGGUCAUGGAUAUAGAAGUAAUGGAGGUAAAAGUAAAAGAAUUGCUACAAAGUAAAAAGUAUUUAUUGGUUUUAGAUGAUGUCUGGAAAAGAAGCCAAGAAAUGGAAUUGGGAUUAACCCAAGACAAGUGGGAUAAGUUAAACUCUGUAUUGUCUUGUGGAUCUAAAGGCUCAUCCAUUUUAGUAUCCACUCGCGAUAAACAAGUUGCAACAAUUAUGGGAACAUGCCAAGCGCAUUGUUUGUCCCGUCUUUCCGAUGAUGAUUGUUGGUUGUUGUUUAAACUGCGCGCAUUUGGAGCUGACAAAGAAGAGCGUGAAGAGCUUGUUGCAAUAGGCAAGAAGAUAGUCAAGAAAUGUGGAGGAUCACCUCUUGCAGCACUGGCAUUAGGAGGUGUGAUGCAAUCCAGAAGCACGGAAAAAGAAUGGGUUGAAGUUCAGAAAAGUGAGGUUUGGAGUUUACCAGAUGAGAAUGAUAUUAUGCCUGUCUUGAGGUUAAGCUACUCUUGUUUAACGCCAACUCUAAAGCAGUGUUUUGCUUUCUGUGCCAUAUUUCCCAAAGAUACAGAAAUUAAGAAGCAAGAACUGAUUUAUCUUUGGAUGGCUAAUGGAUUUAUUUCAUCCCGGCCGAACUUGGAGGUAGAAGAGAUUGGCCACAUGGUUUGGAAUGAAUUAUACCAAAAAUCAUUCUUCCAAGAUGGGGUGAGUGAUUACUUUUCUGAAGAGAUUUAUUUUAAGAUGCAUGAUUUAGUCCAUGAUCUUGCUCAAUCAAUUUCAGGGCAAGAGUGUGUAUGCUUGGAGAAACAAAACCUUAAUGAUUCUUCAAGAAACCCCCAUCAUAUUGGUUUUCACUCCUUGGAUGCAAAUCAAUUCAAGAAGAGCCCCUUUGAGAAAGUUGAAUCCUUGAGAACAUUGUAUCAACUGUAUUUAAAUGGAUUUGAAAAAUAUCAUUCUCUUCGGGUUUUGUGUAUAUCUGGUAGUAAGUUGCCAUCUUUUGGGAGUUUAACUUGCUUGAGCCGUCUACCGAAACGCUUGACUAGGAUGCAAAAUCUCCGACAUCUUGUCAUUGAUGGUUGUCAUGGGCUAUCCGGUAUGUUUCCUGACGCUCACAACUUACGCCAUCUGAGAACACUAAGUGUAUACAUUGUGAAAUCAGAGAAAGGGCAUAGUUUGGCAGAGAUACGGCAUUUGAAUCUGGGAGGAGAGCUAUGCAUCGAAGGCCUAGAAAAUGUUGGGAGUAUAUCUGAAGCUAAAAAUGCAAACUUGAAGGGUAAACAAGACCUUCGACAAUUGAUUUUGUCAUGGCGCAAAAGUGGUAAGAGCAAGUCCGUAUUGGGAGCAGAAGAAGUACUUGAAGCGCUUCAACCUCACUCCACACUCAAGCUGUUGAAGAUACAAGAGUAUGAGGGAUUACGUUGGCCAACUUGGAUGCAAAACAAUUCUGCUACCCAUAAUUUAGUUUCUCUUCGACUUGAGGAAUGUCGAAAGUGCCAGCAUCUUCCUCCAGUGGAAAAACUUCCAUUUCUGAAGGAGCUUGUGGUAAGAGGCAUGGAUGAAGUGCAGUACAUUGAGGAAGAUGAAAGUUAUGAUGGUGUUGAAGCAAUGCCAUUCCCAUCUUUGGAGAAAUUGGAAGUGGAGAGAUUGCCAAACGUGGAGCGGUUGAUGAAACGGGAAACAACACACAUGUUCCCCUCUCUUUCUACCUUAAUAGUCUGCGAUUGCCCUAAACUGCAAUUGCCGUGCCUUCCACGUGUUAGAAUUCUUAGUGUUAGGGGAUGUAGCGUUGAGCAACUGAAGUCAAUCUCUAAUCUCAACGGUCUUUAUGGACUAUAUCUUUAUUAUAGUGUCCAAGUAUCGUGCUUUCCGGAAAGAAUGUUGCACAACAUGACCUCUCUUGCAACUCUGCAGAUAAAUUCUUUCAGUGAAUUGAAGGAACUGCCAUCUGACAUCACAAAACUCACUACUUUGUUUGAUCUAAGCAUCAAAGAAUGUGGUAAGCUGGAGUGUUUACCAGAACAGGGUUGGGAAGGCUUAUCUUCACUUCGAAAACUGUCCAUUGAUAACUGUAAGAGUUUGGGAUCCUUGCCUGAUGGUGUUCGCCACUUAACUUCACUUCAAUCUUUGACUAUUGGAAACUGCCCAGUGUUGAAAAAGCGGUGUGAGAAAGGAACAGGGGAGGAUUGGCACAAGAUAGCACAUGUUCCCCAUGUAAAGUUUUUCAUCGUUUUAAGCUGAUACACUGCUUAUUGAUUUUUUUUUAUUGUUGUGUAUUUACAUAAUCAUGGUUUUUAAUUUGUAUUGUAUUUUAUCUUCAUUUGUAGUGUUCUUUCAAAUUACAGAACCAAUCUAUUUAUAUUAUUAUUAUAUAAAAAUU